AUGCCAUCUGCAACAGAGGUUGCCGGAGUAGCUAAAGGAGCAAUUGUUAGAGGACAGGCCGCUUUCUACACAGAGAGACUCCAUAGCUUUGUGAAUUCCUUCUCCCACCUAAGAUCUUUUGUCGGAGGAGUGGUUCUUCGUCGGCAGAGUGUCUUCACCGGAGGUAGACUCCUGGGCCGGAGUGGUCUUCGUCGACGUUUUCUGUUCGAAUUUUCUUCUGGACAAACACAUUAUCUUUGGAUUUCUACAGAAUCGGAAAAUUUGAGUUCUUUCUGUGACAUCCUUGAUCUCCAUCUGGGUGUGCUUCGUGAAAUUGUACUACUCUCUGAAUUUGGUUCUGGUCCCAAGUCUUUCCAGGUCUACCGUAGAGGUGAUUUUGAUCUAGAAUCUGGAACUAUUAAAAGAACCAGAAAGCCAAAAAAUUCACCUCUUCAUCCAUUCAAAAUGAUCAAAUCCAUUGGAAACCGAAUUCAAUACUAUUCCAAGCUGCACCCCAUCAUGGUUUUCUUCAUUUCAUUGUCAGUUGGGGUCACAAUUCUCAUGGUACUAUCUCUUUACGAGAGCCAAUUCAGAAUGAUGAGUAAUUAUAAGAAAUCUGAUAAGGGUUCCGAUACCUAUCCGUUUGCAAAGUUUCGGAAUCUUGUAAUGGUUGCUGGGCAUUCAGUGUACACAAGUAGUAGUUGUGAGAAGGUUGAUAAGGAGAAUGCUUGGUUUUUGGAGUCUUAUCAAAAGCAUCCGGGUCAAGCUGCUACGUUUGUGACACAUAUACAGGAGGGAAUAGAAGUUGCAGCUAGAGAUGAUGAGGCUUUGCUCUUGUUUAGCGGUGGAGAGACUCGGAAAGAUGCUGGGCCUAGAAGCGAGGCACAGAGUUACUGGAUUGUUGCUGAAUCAAAAGGAUGGUUUGGCAAGAAAGAAAUCGUGAGGCUGAGGGCACUCACAGAAGAAUAUGCAAGAGACAGUUUUGAGAAUCUUCUCUUUAGUGUUUGCCGGUUUCGGGAGCUUACUGGCACGUAUCCACAUAAUAUAACGGUUGUGGGUUAUGAUUUCAAGGAAGAGAGGUUUGUCCAUCUGCACCGCUCUGCAAUUAGGUUCCCGGAUACAAGGUUCUUUUACUCAGGGACCCCAUCUUCAUCUACCUCAAGGGAAGCAGCUUUGAAAGGCGAAGCCUUGGUGAGGACUCAAUUCCAAGAUGAUCCUUAUGGGUGUUUAGGUUCACUACGUCGCAAAAAGCUGGGGCGCGAUCCUUUUCACCGGUCAAUCCCUUACCCUAAUGGGUGUCCUGAACUUGAAGGUUUGUUCAAAUACUGUGGGGUAGCUCCAUUUCCAGGCUCCCUCCCUUGGGCUGUGUAA